CCAAACUGAAGACUCAAAAAGUGAUGCGAAAAUGCCAAACUCUCAUCUCCUUUAGCCUUUAAUCCUCUCUCUCUCUCCCUCCCUUUCUUUCUCUUUCUUAUUCUUUAUUUUCCGGCGAUUCUCGCCGCCGAGUUUCUCUCUCUAGAAAUGGACCCGUCUAUGGAAGCCUCGAUAACUCCCCGAGAAAACCGAAACCCGCCGCCGGUUUCUUCCCCCGAUAGCCGUAGCAGUAACAGUUCGAGCAUUAGUAGCAGUAGCAAUGGCGCGGCGCCGGCGGUGGCGCCGCCACCGCCGCCGGUAGUGCCCGUCACCAGAUCCGAACCCAAUAACCCGUACCCGACCACCUUCGUCCAAGCCGACGCUUCCUCCUUCAAGCAAGUAGUCCAAAUGCUCACCGGAUCCUCCGACCCGGCCAAGUCGACCCGGCCUGAGCCGCCGUCGAGGAACCCAAUCCCGCCGGUCAAGACCGGCGUUACAAAGAAGGAGAAAUCCGCCUCCAAGCUCUACGAGCGGCGAAACAGCCUGAAGAAUUUCAAGCUCAACCCGUUGCCCGGGUUCGGAUUCCCGGCGGGUCGACCCGGAACGCCGGAGAUUCUGUCGCCGAGCAUACUCGAUUUCCCGUCGCUGGUACUCAGCCCGGUAACCCCUCUCAUACCCGACCCGUUCACCGGAGCUCUGAACAUGGAGGCCGAAGAGAAGGCCAUCGCCAAAAAAGGGUUCUAUUUGCAUCCGUCGCCGGCGAAUACUCCAAAAAAGGAUUCGGAGCCCCGACUGUUACCCUUGUUCCCACUCACCUCUCCCAGAAUCUCAGAUUCUGCUAAUUCUGAUUCUUAAGUGAGUCUUUUUUUUUUUUUGGGUCCAUUUUUCAAUUGUUAUAAUCUUGAAUUUUCCAGUUGAGCUUCACUUGAUGUAUGAUUCAUAUAAUAUAUAUAAACCUCAUAGAUAUUAUUCGGUGUAUUUGCAAUGAACAAUUUGAAGAAAAUGCAAAAAAUAUAUAUAUACAUAUAAUUGCUUCAAGUGUAAAUAAAACUACUACUAUGUAACUUUGGUGGUUAGAAUGAUGUUUUCAGUGUUGAAUUUGAUCAAAUUUUAUGAUUGCCUGUUGAA